AUGGCAACGCCGCUUCUCACAUUCCUCCUGCUCGCCAUUGGUCUCCUACUGAUCUUGCGCCGUUCUAAAGUUCCCCGCGGCCUGCGUCGCGUGCCCGGUCCAAGAGGCUUGCCUAUCGUCGGUCACACAUUCUCCUUGAAGCAAGCACCACAGCAGCAAUUACGAAGCUGGGCCAACCGAUAUGGCGAACUCUUCCAGAUACAAGUCGGCUGGUACAAUUGGGUCUUCAUCAACAGCCCGGCCGCCGUGAAGGCCAUGCUAGACAAGCAGUCAGCCGUCACCUCAAGCCGAGUACCUAUGCCUGUGGGAAACGACCUGAUCUCGGGAGGCAAACGCUUUUUGUUCAUGGGCUACACACCCGAGUGGCGCAAGCUACGUGCUGUUGUCCAUAAAUUAUUGACUCCAAAAUCAUCGGAGACCUUCAAGCCUAGUCAGGAGCUUGAGUCUUUGCAGCUGUUACGUGACAUAUUGUAUGACAACAAGAAAGAAGACUACUCGAGCUUCUACAUGCAUGUUCGGAGGUAUACGACGUCGGUCGUUAUGACCUCAACAUAUGGCCGACGGGUGCCCACCUGGGACUGCGACGAUGUACGUGAUGUCUACGGCAUCAUGAAAGAGUUCUCGGAGCACACAGCUCCCGGGACGUACUUGGCGGACACGAUACCGCCGAUUGCCGACAUAAUACCGCGCAGUUUGCAGUGGUGGAGGAAGUCUGCUUCAUUACUAUACGAGCAUCAGCUUUCAUUGUGGAUGAAGUAUUGGAAGACAUUGAAGCAGCAAAUCCGGCAAGGGAGCGCACCCGAAUGCUUCGUCCGCGACUUUGCGGCAACUGACUAUGAGGAUCAGGGCAUAAGCGAAGAGCAGGCAGCAUUCGUUGCAGGCACCAUGAUUGAGGCGGGCUCUGAGACUACUAGCGCGGCCCUCAACAGCGCCAUCAAGUAUCUAGCUGUCUUUCGAGAUGCUCAAAACACCGCUGCCGACGAGCUCAAUCACGUCAUUGGUGACGAUCGACUACCAGGAUUCGCGGACGAGGAGCACCUGCCGUACAUCAGAGCCAUGGUGAAAGAAAUAUUACGCAUCAGACCUGUCACGAACAUCGGAACUCCCCAUUUCACAACCGAAGACAUAGUCUAUCGCGACAUGCAUAUCCCCGCAGGAACAGUGGUAAGCAUCAAUCAGUACGCGAUCCACUUUGACGCCCGCCACAAGGACCCUGAGAGCUUUAUGCCCGACCGAUUCCUCGAUCAUCCCCUCAAAGCUGCCGCGUAUGCGUCACAUCCAGAUCCAUAUGUCCGUGAUCAUUUCGGCUUUGGCGCUGGCCGUCGUAUUUGUCCGGGUAUGCAUCUGGCUGAGAACAGUCUCUUCAUCACUCUCGCACGACUGAUAUGGAUGUUCGACAUACGGCCAUGUCUCAAUCAGCAAGGGGUGGAGGAAGCGUUGGAUGUUUCGGAUGACGCAUACGAGCCGGGCUCAAACACGUUGCCUAAACCGUAUCGUGUCCGAUUUGUGCCGAGGAACAGUGCCAGAAACGCGGUGCUGCUGAGUCAAAGCAAUCAGCUAUAG